AUGACAGCUUCUCGCCUAAACCACCUGCCAUUGGCGAGACUUCAUAGCGUCAACAUGACAUCGACGGAGGUAAAAACACUGCAUUCUGGUCAGUACGAAGCCUUUGCAGAGCUGUGGAAAAGCAACGAGUGGCCGAUCGCAGCAGAUUUGCUCACCAAGAUAGCCCCCGCAACGCCCUCGGAAAAGCACGACAGGCGGCACUUCUUCGCCAUCCCGGACCCUAGCAAUGACAGCAAGCUGCAAGCCGGAGGAGCGACGUUUCUCCAAGGUAGCGUUGCGGGAAUUGGGCUCAUUCUAGUUCACAAAGAUCACCAGCGCAAAGGGCUCGGAUCAAAGAUCUUCCGCAAGUGCCUAGAUGCUGCUCUCGAAGAGGAAGAGACAAAGAUCGUCUGGCUGACGGCUACGACUGCAGGAGCGCCAGUGUAUCGUCGUAUGGGAUUUGAAGAUAGUGGGGCCGUCACUUUCCUGGCGCACAAGACUGGGCCGAAGGAAAAGGGCUUCCACGUCCCAGAAGGACAUCGCUUUUCUCACGUCGCGGCCAAGGAUACGCCGGUGGAAGCUGUCAAGAUGUUCAACGAUGCACUUGUUGGUGGUUCGCGCGGCGAUCUCAUGAGAGAUACAGACACUCACUCUGUCCUCCUCUACUCGGACGAUCGGCUCAUCGCUUGGGCGGGCGUCAUCCUUGAGCAAGAUGUGCCGACCAACGUCGGGCCUAUCAUCGUAGAGUCGGAGGACACACCCAUCUCGGUAGUCAUGGCGCUAGUGGACGAAGUAGUGGCAACAUAUGCUCCACAGAGCCCAAAGGGUCUGGUGUUGAGUAUAGACCAUCGCUUUGGAAGCAGCAAGACAUUGGAUCUCUUGCUGAGCGAGAGCGGUGGGUGGAGCAAGGUCGACUUCAACCUCGUCACGAUGAUCAAUUUCGAGAAGACUGGCAGCAGGGCGUGGUACGCAGAGCACUUCGGUCCCGAGCGGAAGAAGGAUGGACCUGUACAGCUUGCAUACUUCGGACUGGGCUUCUCAUAG